AUGGCGAUGGCCGUGUCUGGUCCUGCUUCAAGGUUGCAAAAUGCAAUGCUGACAGGGCAUGACGCAAGAGGGGGUCCAGAUGGAAGUUGCAGGGCCCUGGAGACCGCCAGGCAAAAAGUGGGGCCUGCGGCUGCUGCCGUGCUAAGCGUUGCACUGUUGACAUCUGGACAACCGCAGAUGGCCUUUGCAGAACAGUUUCGGGGCCCUGUAAAUGUGUGCGACGUCGCGGAGGUGCCCCCUCUUGUGAUACCCGGGCCCAAAACAGGGCCUCCUGGAGCGGAGGGCGAGCAGCUGAUGAUGCAAGGCAUGACUGUCCCCGGGUUUGACCCUCGCCGCUACGCCGGGCGGUGGUACGAGGUGGCAUCGCUGAAACAAGGUUUUGCGGGACAAGGCCAGGAGGACUGUCACUGUACGCAGGGCGUCUACUCCUUCGACGAGGCGAGGCGACAGAUCAACGUCGACACGUUCUGUGUCCACGGGUCCCCAACCGGGUACACGACCGGGAUACGGGGGACCGUAAGCUGCGUCAAGCCUGAGGAGUUACGGAAGCUGCAAAAGGUCGACGACGACGACGAGCCGGGGCUGGUCGGGAAGUGCUUCCUCCGGUUCCCGAGCAUCCCGUUCAUCCCCCGGGCGCCCUAUGACGUCAUCGCCACCGACUACGACAACUUCGCGAUCGUGUCGGGCGCUAAGGGCACCACGUUUGUACAGGUCUACUCACGAACCCCCAAUCCGGGCGACGACUUCAUCCGAGAAAAGAAGGAGCUGCUGGGGUUAAUAGGCUAUAACGUCGAAGCCAUACGGGACACCCCGCAAGACUGCGAGGAGACUACUACCGAGCAGCUAGAACAGCUUAUGAAGGGCCCGGGGAUGGAGGAUGCGAUGACGAACCGGUUCCCGAUUGCUGACGUUGCGGAGAGCGGCAACAAGAGCAUCACUUUGAACGCGCCGAGAGAUACGGUCAAAGCCGUGGUUGAGUUGUUCAGAGGCUUCGGCAAAGGGAUAUGGAAUUGA